UAACCGAAACGUCAUCAAAACGAACAAGACCUGAAUAACGACGCUCGGCGGCGGUUCCUCUCCGGCUUGGAUCGAAAUUGUGUUCGCGUCUACGGGCGCGGCUUGCGUUCGAACUGGCGUUUUUACAAAUAAAAAAAUGUCGUCCCUCGACUAUUUGGACUUGUGUCGUUUGUGUCUAGUGAAAGACCGUGUCGGAAUAUCAAUUUUCGAAGAUGAUGGUGAUGUGAGACAAGUGUUCCUGAAAAUUGCCUCUUGUCUACCGGUCAAGGUAUCAAGAGAAGACAAAUUACCUAAGAAAAUAUGUGACGACUGUAUGUAUAAACUAGAAUUAUUUUAUCAAUUUUGGAAUACGACUGCAAACGCCGAAAAGCAGCUUUUACAAUGGCUCGACGACGUCGAUAUGCAGGACAAACAGGGUUACGUAACGGAAGUCCUCAAUUCGAGUAUAAUGAAGCAGGAGCAACAGGCUAGUGAAAAUAGAUUAGAUGAGAGUGUGAUGCAAGUUUCGCAUCAAAAUAACAUGGGCAUGGGAAUGAUGGACAAUAUGGGCCUCGGUAUGCCCAUCAUUAUUUCCACCACAAAUCAACCAAUGACCUCAGUACCAAUGGACACCAGUGGCAGUUCUGUUCAAACGAUACAGGCAGUACCUGGUACCAGUACACAAUCCACACACGACCAAAUCUCACAAAAUCAAUCAGCGAACGUUGGUCAUCACGAAGUCGAUGAGGACUCUGAUGAAGACGAGGAGAACGAGUCCGAUGACGAAUGUGAUGCGGACGAUGGACUACCUGUGAAAGAGGAGAAUGAGGAAGACCCUAACAAUCGAACAGUUGAACCGACGACGUUUGUUAAUGUAUCCCUGCCGUGUGAUGAAGCCGGACCAUCGGGACUUCAACAGCAAAAAAUCACCGAAAUGCCUGAAAUGGCGAUGCCACAGGUCGCCAGCGCCGACAACAAGACUGGGAAAACUGAAGUUGAGGAGAAAUGUAAAAAAAUGUCCGAGGCAAUGUUAAGAGCCGUCAAGAGGAGAAGUCGAGCGAGUAAAAGAACAAAAUGGUCUAAAAGAAAACCAACCGAAAAGAAACGUGAACAAGUCCGACUUUAUAAUGAAAGAAGAAAGGAACUUGAGAAUGAGAGAAAAUUAAAGGAAAAAAAUUCUAUUGACCCAGGAGAGAGACAAAUUUUGAGAGUAAAACCCAUUGUCGAAUUGGAAGAUCGAAGCAAAAUGGAAAAUAAUACGGAAACAAUACCAAAACCGUUCGUUCAACGAACAAUCGUUCGAAUUGUCAAUCCAAAGGAGAAAAAGAAUUUUGAAACUCAAUUUCCGAAUCAAAUAUCGAAGAAAUUUUACUUAAUUCGUAAACCAAAUCAACAGAUUCAGACUAAUCGGGGAAUAUUCAAUCUACCUGCUCUGUCGGAAAAUGCGAAUCGAGAAAAAUUUGUCAUCAAGAAAAUUCUAGGUGGAGAAAUAAAAUCGAAUGAAAACGUAAAAGAAGGGAAUACGUCGAAGUACCAAAUUUUGAAACCAUUGACAAAAAUCGGUGUGAUUCAUCCAAAGACGUCGGGAAAAUUUGUCGUACCCUCUACAGAAGUUCUCAGAAAAGAAUUAAUCCUGUGGGAAGAAUUUCGCGACACAGAGACCCACGAACCACAAGUGCAGCAAGAUCCGAUUGAUAUCAGCGAUUCGAUUCUGACAAAAGUUGGAAACACCACGGAACCAGAAAGGAAUCAAAAAGGAAACGCAAAUUCGAAUCUAGUUGAGAAAAAAUCGAUCGAUUCCAAAGAAAAUAUUCUAGUAAUCGACGGCCUUGUUUCAUCGUCAAACUCUCAGCUUCCAUCAACUUCCAGUAAUCAAGAAAAAUACGCUGGAAGCCCGACGCCAUCUCACGAAUAUCUACCAGACAUAUUUGCAAAUCUAGAAUUCAAAGAUUCAAGAACCGAAAUCACGCAGGACGGGAAAAAGUACAAAACAUCCGAAUUGACACCAAAAGUAAUUCUCCAAGUGAACGAGGACAUUGAAAAUUUACCCUUAAACGAGAAUUAUCCCUGCGAUCAUUGCAAUUGUGAAUUCAAUUCCUAUGCGGAUCUAGUCAAACACUGGAUACAUUUAAAAAAUGUUUGCGAAAUAUGCGACGUUGUCUUCCCAUUUCCCUUUCUGCUUCAAAUGCACAGACAGGACAUUCACAAUAUCAAAGGCUACAAAUGCACUUCUUGUUCCUACUUCCACAGUAAUUUAUGGAAUCUCAAAAUCCAUCGUCUACGUGCUCAUUGCCAGGAAUAUCGCUUCCCGUGCGAAAAUUGCGAUCGUGCUUUCAACACUUCUGAUUCCCUCCAAUCGCACAUGGAUCAAGAUCACAGAACCGAAACCAACAGCAGUGUUCUCUGCGAUUUUUGCGGUAGAGCAUUCAUGAAUUACUACACUCUCGAAUGUCACAUUAAUUAUUCUCAUUCGCAAAAGAAAUACACUUGUAAGCAGUGUGAUAAAGUUCUGGAAACAAGGGCAAUUUACUGUCGUCAUUUACAGACGCACAGAAUGAAAACAAUUGUUUGUGAACAAUGUGGCAAGAAAUUUGACAUUCAAUCGGAUCUUAAGAGUCACAUGCGUCAGCAUACGGGCGAAAAACCUUAUAAAUGCAGUAUUUGUUCGAAAUCAUUCGCAAAAAGUAAUACACUUCGUCAGCAUUUAUUGAUACACACUGGUAAACGACCUUAUGUUUGUGAUAUUUGCGGGAAAAGUUUUACACAAAAACCCGGUUUGAGUGCGCAUCGAAAAUCACAUCCCGGCGAUCUGCCUCACAUGCCUUGUGUAUUUAUUAACGAUAUUCUCAGGGAAUUGCCCGAUGAUGCCUAUCAGUACGUGGAGGAAAAUAGCGAAACCACCGAAAAUGGGAAUAAUUCAGUAAAUCACGAAAAUCAAGAAGUUGAUGAUCCGGAAGAAAAUAAUCGAGAAGCGAAUAAAGAUGUGAAUCCAGAAGUGAAUCAAGAAGUGAAUCAAGAAGUGAAUCAAGAAGCGAAUCAAGAAGUGAGUCCAGAAGCGAAUCAAGAAGCGAAUCAAGAAGCGAAUCUAGAACUGAAUCCAGAAGUGCAUCAAGAACUGAAUUCAGAAGUGAAUCAAGAAGCGAAUAAAGAAAAUAAAGUAAACAAAGACCUCGAAAAACCUGUCGCCGAACAAAUUGGGAAAACAAACAAAACAGAAAACAACGUGGAAAAUAAAAUCAAUUCAAUCGAAGAGGAAACUGUUAAUUCCGAACAAAAUGACGAUGCGAAUCAACUCAUCGACACAAUUGAAGCGAACGUUAUGGAAAUUGUCACGAAUGAGGCGAACAUUUUGGAAAUUGUCGAGAAUGAAGCGAAUAUUUUGCAAAUGAACACAAACGAGGAGAAUAUUUUGAAAAUGGUGGAAAAUGAUGAUGAUAAUAAUAUUUUGGAGGAUAUUUUAGAGAAUACCGAAAAUGAAAAUCAACGAGUAAAUUCUGUCAAUGGGGAAAAGAAUUCAAACAUUGGAUAUACAAUAGAAGAAAUGGAACUGAAUCUGCAUGAAAAAGAAUUUCUUGAAAGGAGAAAUAACGCAGUACCAAAAAGACGGCGAAAGAAGAGAAAAAGAUUGGAGAGAAGAAAAUACGAGAAAAAAAGAAAAUAAAAUACCUUUUUGGUUAUUCACCAUUUUUUCGUGUUUCAGAAAAAUGUUAUCGUUCAAUAAUUCUUGUGGUUGAAAUAAUUCGUGUUUUUCUCAAUUUUUUUUCUUAUUUCAACAUUUUCGUUUAUAUUCUUGUUCUCUUUGCGAAAAAAAAGAAAAUCGUACGUUAAGAGAAAGUUUUUUUCAUUUUCAUAUUUGUUUGUAAAUUAGUCACUCGCGACUUAGAAAAGUAAUUUCUGAUUAAAAACCUUGUUUUCUAUUAAGUAAACAAGAAACAAAAAAUUAAUACUUGAAACACAAACUAAAUUGAAAAAAAUACGCUCAUGAGGCUAUGAAACUAAAAAAACAAAAAAUAUAAAAAAAAUUAUUUUCGUUCCCUAAUUAUAUUAAGUAAAUUUUACAUCGUCUAUAGUUCAACGUUAUGAA